AUGAUCAACUCAAUACCUCAAGACGAAAAUGUGCAGAGAAAUAGCGCCCAGGAGAAUGCCAAUUGGGCUGCUUUCGGACUCGAUCCGAUAACAGCUACCAUGUCCAGCAUCAACCCAGACGCCGAAGCACAAACACAAACAGAACAAGAGACGACAGGUCAAGAUGUCGAAAAAUCACUCGCCGCAUGGAUUUGCGUCCUGGGAGCGUUUCUCACUUUGAUACCUACAUUUGGUUUCAUGAACUCGCUCGGAACAGUGCAGACAUAUCUUAGUAUGAAUCAACUUCACGACUACAGCGAAGGCGAGGUCGGAUGGAUCAGUGGCAUGUUUCUCUUCCUCUCCCUGAUCCUCAACGUCCAAGUCGGCCCCAUGGUUGAUGUCCACGGACCCAAUGUGAUCGGCCCGGUGGGAGCAGUCUUAUAUGUCGCCAUGUUUCUCCUCAUGGCUGAAUGUCGCAACUACUGGCACUUUAUGCUCUGUCUAGGAGUUUUUGGGAGUUUCGGUGCUGCCAUGACAAUGGUUGUUGCUAUAGCCAUCGUGGGUAAACUCUUUGUCCGCAGUCGCGGUUUGGCUAUGGGCAUUACACUUGCAGGAUCAUCCACAGGCGCCGUUAUAUUUCCCAUAAUUCUUCGAUCUACAUAUCCCAACCUUGGUUGGCAGUGGUCAAUGCGGAUCAUGGCCUUUAUAUCAGCUGGUCUGCUAGUUCCCAGCAUGAUCUGCUUCAUUCCUUUCAACAACAUCUACAAAAAGUCGACGGGAGGAGGACAAGCAAGUCCUAAGAGCUCGACACUCAACUUUACAGCCUUCCAGUCUCCUGCGUUUUGUUUUGUCACGGGCGGUAUCUUCAUGUUCGAGUUUGUCAUUUUUAGUAUAUCGGGUCUUUUGCCGUCUAUCGCUACGCGCAUCGGCUUCACUCCCGAGAAUGGCUACACUUUGCUUGCUAUCGUAGGUGCAGCCUCUACAUUCGGCAGAAUCAUUCCGGGAAUCAUUGGUGAUAAGUAUGGCCACUUCAAUAUUCUUCUUGUUACGGUUGUCUUCACCAUUAUCUUCAUGGGCACUUUGCUAGUUCCCUUUGGCACAAGAUCGGCUACUGCUCUAUAUGCUUGGUCUGCGCUUUGGGGUUUUGGGUCAGGCUCAUUUCUCUCCAUCACGCCUGUAUGUAUGGGUAAAACUUGCGAGGCGAAGGACUAUGGACGAUACUACGGCAUGAUGAACUUUGUCACUGCUUUCGCGCUACUCAUCGCUCUACCCAGCAGUGGUGCCAUGCUUGAGAACAUGGGCCCUCAAGCUCUAGCUGGCCUGUUCACUGCCUUGACGGCUGUUGGAGGAGCUUGUAAUUUCGCUGCUCGCGCUCUCCUUAUUGGGGAAUGGCUAUCUCCUAAAACUGUUAUAUAG